CAAAUUUCAAUUCAACCAACACAAAUUGAAAUCCAAGAAGCAAAUUAUCGAGACUUUUUAGAGAAAAACAACAAAAUGAGCUCUUCAACAAGAACUUUGGUUGUAGCGGCCACCGUCGGCGUCGUGGAGGCCCUCAAGGAUCAAGGAAUUUGCCGGUGGAAUCAUCUCUUAAGGUCGACUCACCACUAUGCCAGAAACCAUGUCCGGUCUAUUUCUCAAGCUAAGAAGCUUUCCUCCACCGUGCCUUCCGCCAACCACCUCCGACGGUCGGAGGAAUCUCUAAGGACGGUCAUGUAUCUCAGCUGUUGGGGUCCUAAUAACUGAACCCAACACACCGUCGAUCGAUUAUUCCGGUUGGACCGGUGGCGGUUCAACUUUAGGAUCGUGAUUGUAAUUAAUGGGAGACGUUUGGGUUGGGCGGUCUGAUUUUUUUGAAGGAUUGUAAAAGCAAUUCCCUUCUUAAUUAUUUAACAAAUUGGAAUUAGAUGGCCUUUUCACCGCAUUAAUUAAUUUCUGUUGCACUUGCACAUUAAUGAUUUUGUUGAUUGAAAUUGCAAUUAAUGAUUAAUGGAGGCUUUGGGCUUGGGAGUA